UAUUGCAGACUUUACUAUAAGUCGGACGCCGGUGUACGAAUAGCACAACGAAAGCGGACAGAAGUCAGAACAUCGGCCUGCGGCCAGUCACAACUAAAUGGCCGCAUAGUGUACUUGUGCGGUUGUGAAUACUGAGUAAAUAUCGUCUUACUUUCGCGCGUGUACACUAACUACGUGAAAGUUAUCAACCCGGAUAAAAUCGUCGUGAUGAGAUCGAAUAAGUUUAUCCGUGUCCAGUGGAUUACAUGCGGUUUGAACUCGAAUGAACAUAUUGAACUUGGUGGAAUUCAAAGAUUAAUAAACUUUGAAUUAUAAAUUAGUGUUUAUGAAUCUGUGAUUUAAAAUUGGAAUGUAAUAUAAACAUCUACUGUGACAAUAAUUAAAAAUAAACAAUGACGCCCGGUGUAAAAGAAGGACAGUGCAUGGAACUGAGUAACAACAACGUUACUCCUUUGCUACCAAGGACGUCGGUUUGUUUGGAGUUUAAGAACAUAACAUGUUCAAUAAAAACUUUCUCCCUCAGCAAAUUCCGGUUAGAAACUAGGAAUAUUUUAAAUGGUGUAAAUGGAUGCUUUAAACCGGGACAACUCACGGCCAUCAUGGGUCCGUCCGGUGCUGGGAAAACGACUCUGCUGAAUAUUCUAGCCGGCUAUUCAACAAAAGGAGCGAAAGGCGAGAUAACAGUGAACGGCGUGUGUACAUGCGCGUCGCAGUCCACCGGACGAGGAGGCGCGAGAUAUAUCCGCCAGCACGAUGAUCUCCGCGUACACCUUACCGUUUACGAAUCCAUGUCUCUCGCCGCUGCACUUAAACUGGCCGAUUUCAAGUCGCAAGAACGCAAAGAGAAAGUAUUGGAAGUCUUGGCGCUUUUGGGUCUCAGUAAAACUUCUCGGACACUUUGCAGAGAUCUAUCCGGCGGUCAAAAAAGGAGGCUAGCUGUUGCUCUUGAGCUAUUAUCAGACCCAUCAUUACUAUUUCUCGAUGAACCAACUACCGGAUUAGAUUCUUCAGCGUCGACAUCUCUCAUUGCCCUUCUCAACGGCUUAGCACGUGGAGGUCGAACUCUAGUGGCCACCAUACAUCAACCCUCUGCACUCCUUUUCGAUAAGAUUGAUUCUAUCUACUGCUUAACAUCUGGGAGUACGCUCUACUCUGGUCCACGAGUUCACCUCAUUCCAUCUCUGGACAGCGCUGGUUUAAGAUGUCCGCCAUAUCAUAACCCAGCUGAUUUCUUGAUGGAAGUAGCCUCUGGAGAAUAUGACGUUGACUUGAACAAAGCCGCUAAAGCGUUGCUUCAAUACAAGCCUGAAUCUACCUCUAGGGAAUGGGAAGAUGUGCCAGUUAUAUCAACGUUCUCUAAUACACUCAGUAUGGAUACCGAAAUGAAAGACAAACAAAUAAGAAGCAACAAGAAAUAUCAAAAGAACUAUUCGAAUAGACCAUCUGGAUACUUGAAACAGACAUGGAUCCUGCUUUACAGGAAUUAUUUAAUAACGACGAGAAAUUACUCUCUAUUCCUGUAUCGAGUGGCAGCUCAUGUCGUGAUCGCCCUGAUAUUUGGAUAUUUGUACUCGGGGGUUGGCAGUGAGGCUAGCAGCGUUCUUGGAAAUUAUGUCUACUUAUACGGCUCGAUGUUGCUCGUAGUUUAUACUGGAAAAAUGUCUGUCACAUUGUCGUUUCCUCUGGAGAUGGAUAUAUUAAAAGGCGAAUACUUUAAUCGAUGGUAUAGUUUAGGACCUUACAUAUUUUCAAUAUUAGCCGUGGAGUUACCAUUUCAGAUGAUAUCAUGUGUUUCGUACGUCGUCUUGUCAUACUGGCUUACUGACAACCCGCUUGAAUCAACUCGAGCAACCCUAUUUCUUGCCACAAUAGUUGCCACUUCGCUCUGCGCUCAAGCAUGGGGAUAUUUUAUUGGAUCUACAACACCUACAAAGAUUGCUGUUUUCAUAGGCCCAGUACUUGCCUGUCUAUUUUCCGUAUUUGGUUUCUGCUUAUCGUUAAGGGACACACCAUACUCGUUCCGAUGGCUCCACCAUAUCUCUUACUUUAGAGCCGGCUUUCACGUCGCUGUGCACUCCAUAUACGGAUUUAAUAGAACGAAAAUGCACUGCGCUAAAGAAUAUUGCCACUAUAUAACGCCAAGCAAAUUCCUCGUUGAAAUGGAUAUGGCUACCAUAGAUGUUGGUGUUAAUAUGGCCAUCGUGCUAACAACAACAGUUUUGAUGCACAUAUUAACCUGUGCGACGCUCUGGUAUCGACUCAACAAAAGAUGAAGUCAUCAGCUCGUGACGGAUUCGACUUGACUUAUAAUUUAAUUUAUGCUUAGAUAAUAAUUAAAAUGUGAUAAACUUAAAUAUUAUAUGGGAUAAAUACCUCAAAUAUUUUUAAGUCCUUGGCUUGUGGUAGUUUAGAAACAGCUUAUUGGACAAAUAUAGAGAUGCAAAAAAUCCUGGUGAUAAAAUUAUCAUUUUAGUAAAUAGGAAUAUAAAAUUUGAUAUUUUAUGAUUUGCAUAUGUAAUGCUACAACCCUUUUUAAUGUGGAAUAUGUGUGAUAAAAUAAAAAAUCAAUUGAAGGCAAGAAAAUUCAACGAAAAUUCUUUAAAAAAAAUUGAUAUGAAUUGAUUGAUGAAAUAUUUAAUGCGUAAAUUUUUACACCAAAGUAAAUAGAACUGGUGUGAACGGGAAAUAUAUUUAAUGAUAUUUAUAAUCUGUAUUAACAUUAUUUCGUAAAAAUCAUAAUUUAUGUACUUACCGAAGGUUUCAAAGCUUUAUUGGAAUUAAAUUUACCAGUAAGUAGAUUAAGAUUUAAUUUUAAAUUAUUUGACAGUAAUUUUAAUAAGAUUGGUAUAAAUAGUUUGACUGUUUUGCGCAAUUUAAAUUCAAUUUCAAAAUGUUGUUUUUUUUUUGUUAAAUAAAAUCUUGUUUCUCUUUUAUUUAUAUUGUGGUGAUUAUAAUCUUACAUAAAACUGCAUUACUAUUUAUAAGAUAUAUCUAAAACAACUAUUUUUCAAUGGUGACGGAGCUGAAGAACCUUUAUUUUAUUUGUUUUAACUAAGAAACGAGAGUUCGGUGUAAAAGUGCUUUCGACAAUUAUCUAAGCCAUAUCUAACUUCUCUUUCAUCCAAAUUUAUUUAUUAUUUCAAAUCGUCAAAAACAAUGUAAUUUGAUAGGUAAUGUAAAAACAAGGCAUUUUCUUAUAUUCAAUUCUUAGUCACCUGAUAAAUUUAAAUACAAAUUUAAUUUCUAUACUUUUUGUCUUUAUACAAACCUGUCCUAUCCUGAAUUAACAAUUGUUAUUUAAUGAUAUACAUUACAGUAUCAAUUAGGUUCGCCAUAUAUUAAGUACAAGCAUCCUAUUGACAGCUUGCCCACCAGUUCCCUAACUAUAACAAGAAAGAUAAGAUAGAAAAAUAUUAAAACAUUAUGUUAAAUAUUGGUGCUAAUAAGCUUUUGACGAAUUACUUUAACAACAAAAUAUA